GACUUCCGGUCCAUCUACCGCCCUAGCAGGUUUUCCCGAGAUCUACAUCCGGCGCGCUCCUCAGAUCAGCCCGCGCCGGGCUCAGCGCCUUUCCACGCCGCCGGGGCCCGGCUGUCAUCCGAGGCCGCGGCCAUGGAGGGCUCCCCGGAGGAGGGGCAGGCGCCCGCGACGGCGCUGGCUGCGGUCCUCAAGCACAGCGCGGCGUUGCCUCCCGAGAGCGCCCCGGUACGGGGCUACGACUUCAACCGCGGCGUGGACUACCGCGCACUGCUGGGGGCCUACGGCACCACCGGCUUCCAGGCUACCAACUUCCGGCGCGCUGUGCAGCAGGUCAACGCCAUGAUAGAGAAGAAGUUGGAGCCCCUGGCGCAAGAUGAAGACCACCACGCGGACCUGACACAGAGCCGCCGACCCCUCACCGGCUGCACCAUCUUCCUGGGCUACACGUCCAACCUCAUCAGCUCCGGCCUCCGUGAGACCAUCCGCUACCUGGUGCAGCACAACAUGGUGGACGUGCUGGUGACCACGGCUGGGGGCGUGGAGGAAGACCUCAUUAAGUGCCUGGCGCCCACCUACCUGGGUGAGUUCAGCCUCCCCGGGAAGGAACUCCGGGAGAAUGGGAUCAACAGGAUCGGGAACCUGCUGGUGCCCAACGACAACUACUGCAAGUUUGAGGACUGGCUGAUGCCCAUCCUGGACCAGAUGGUGCUGGAGCAGAACACAGAGGGUGUCAAGUGGACCCCAUCCAAGAUGAUCGCCCGACUGGGCAAGGAGAUCAACCACCCGGACUCGGUGUAUUACUGGGCCCAGAAGAACCACAUCCCGGUGCUCAGCCCGGCGCUCACAGACGGCUCUCUGGGCGACAUGAUCUUCUUCCACUCCUAUAAGAACCCAGGCCUGGUGCUGGACAUCGUGGAGGACCUGAAGCUCAUCAACACCCAGGCCAUCUUCUCCAAGCGCUCGGGCAUGAUCAUCCUGGGAGGUGGCGUGGUAAAGCAUCACAUUGCCAAUGCCAACCUCAUGCGGAACGGGGCCGACUAUGCUGUGUACAUCAACACGGCCCAGGAAUUCGACGGCUCCGACUCAGGCGCCCGCCCCGAUGAGGCUGUGUCCUGGGGCAAGAUCCGCAUGGACGCCCAGCCUGUCAAGGUAUACGCAGAUGCCUCUCUUGUCUUCCCGUUGCUCGUGGCUGAGACUUUUGCCCAGAAAGCAGCCGCCUUUGGGGCAGAGAAGAGCCAGGACUGAGGGGCCGUGCAGGGAAUGCAGAGAGACAAUAAAGAUUCUGUGUCUGUC